AUGAAUGAUAUAAUCUAUGGAGACCAGUUUGCGCCACUUACUACAUACGUGCCUAUCACUUACGCCUACGCCAUUGCCUUAGUUACUUGCCAAAGUUAUAAAAGGGGCCUUCUCUUCCUUCCACAAGGGCUUUUUUCCAAGGACAAACCGAUCAAGCAACCAGCCAAAAAAGCACCAUCUUCAAAGAAUAUACCUAAAAGUCUAUCUCUAAAAGAAAACCACCGACACUCUCCAGCAACGGUCAAAAUGUUCACCAACACUCCCAACGGCACCUUCCUCGUCCUUGCCCCUCAAUCUCACACUGUUGCUCAGCUCAAUAUGGCCACUUCUAAGCCAGCUGCCGCUGACGCCCCAGUUGAUAUCGACACCCAGGCCGCUAACGUUGAGGCUCCCGGCAAGACCAAGCGCUCUGACAGCAACCCCUUCAUCCCCGCCAUCGGUGCAAAGGGCUUCACCUUCCUCAGACUCGGCCCUUAA